AUGGCAGGCAAUAGCAGCGCUCGCUCCCGCGACGCGACCCGGACCUACUUCAUCCGCUUGCGCGGUUUGGUAGACGUGCAUCAGGUCCCGCAGCAGGACCAGAUGCACCAAUCGGGUGGUGGCGACCUCCAGCUGCGACCGCAGUCUCGACACGAGCGCCUGGUACUUGCUGCACGACGCCAGCGGCACAGCCGACACCUCGAUGUACUCAGCAUAGACCUGGGACCGCUGGCAUGCUGCACCGAGGUCCUGAACCCAAAUGGAUUCGCAAGGGUUGCCCUCCCAUUAGUGCGCGACAUUGAAGCACCCACCACGGCCUGCAUGGCAUAUCAGCAGCUGCCCCGACAGUUCAACUAUCUCGGCCUCGGUGCCAGGUCAACAACCAAGCUAUCAUAUAGAUAA